AAAAGUUGAUGUGGGAGUUCAAUAACACUACGUCCACUGUGUCUUUGAUAGAAAUUGCUCGUAACAGCUGUGUCAACACAUGAUCUGUACGAGUUUCGGCACCAUCUAGACAUCGGCUAUGUCAACUGUGGUGCUCAUAGACGAGGGGAAAGGGGUGGCCCAAGCAGAGGUUGCAGACUUACAGGAAGCCAAAUCAACGAAUUCUGCUACAGAUAUGCAGUCUCAGCCUUCUCUCUUCCUGAAGUACUUCAGCUUGGUUGCGCUAACCCUUCAGAACACUGUUCUUAUCCUGGUGAUGCGCUAUGUUCGGACUCGACCUGGAGACAUGUUCCUGGCUUCUGCAGCAGUCAUUUGUCAAGAAUUCUUGAAAAUGGUGACAUCGCUGGCCCUUGUGCUUUACCAGGAAAAGAGCAUUAAAUCUUGGCUGAAGUAUCUUUAUGACAACACAAUAGACCAGCCCAUGGACUGUGUGAAAGUCUCUGUUCCCUCUGUUAUAUAUGUACUCCAGAAUAACUUACUCUAUGUUGCUGUUUCUAACCUUGAUGCUGCAACAUAUCAGGUCACUUAUCAACUGAAGAUUUUAACCACUGCCAUCUUUUCUGUGAUCAUGCUGAAGAAAGUGUUAAGUAUUCCCCAGUGGGCAGCCCUUGGUGUAUUGUUUGUUGGAGUUUCCGUAGUCCAACUGCAGCCAUCCAGUAAAGUGGAAGAAAAUGUGGCUGUUGAGCAGAGACCCUUCAUUGGACUUUUUGCUGUGAUCGUUUCCUGUUUCCUGUCAGGAUUUGCAGGAGUUUAUUUUGAAAAGAUUCUGAAAGGUACUCGCCAGUCUAUCUGGCUGAGGAAUUUUCAACUGGGAUUUUUAGGGAUCAUCAUUGGAGUUAUCACUAUGCUUUUCAAAGACUCUACUCAGUUCCAGGAAAAAGGUUUCUUUCAUGGCUUUGAUUUUCUUGUGUGGGUUGUCAUUGGAUUGCAGUCAUUUGGUGGGUUAAUGGUUGCCAUGGUGGUGAAGUAUGCAGACAACAUUUUGAAAGGAUUUGCUACUUCUGCUGCUAUUGUGUUGUCCAGUGUUGCAUCUAUCUUUAUAUUUAAUUUUGUGCUGUCCCCACAAUUUACUAUUGGGGCUGGCCUAGUAAUGCUAGCACUCUAUGUAUAUGGCACAUAUGCUCCACAGCCUCUCCCGGAGAAGCCUAUUCAUUAAUAUUUAAAUUCAGCAUCUCCAGUUGCCAGUUUAAUAUCCCGUUGUAUAUUCAUCCGCACAUGAGCAACCUGAGAUCCAUGUUCUCUGUCCUUACUUUCAAAACUCGCAUCACAUGAUGUAGUGAAUUAUUUUCUCCAUAACAGCCAUAUUGUUUGCAUUCACAUGAUCUGUCGUCACGGAUAGGGGCCAGAUCCAAACAUUAAUUUUCUGACAGACUCUUGUCUGCAGUCUCCUACUACCAGACACUCUGAAUUGAGACACAGUAGGGUUUUGUCUGAAUUUAAGCAGAUCUUUAGAUGCCAAUUUCCAGGUGACUGAAGUUACCCAUGCUGUAGAUUACAAAGUGGUGCAAAUUUUUGUCAUGCCAUUUCAUAUUAGUACAACAAGGUUGCCACAGUUGUUAGUGUCAUUUUGUUUAAAACUUUUUGGAGCAACUUCAGAAAAAGGCGUGUAUUUUCUUCUCCCUGAACAUCUUCAUGUGCACAUAUGUACUAAUUAGACCUACUGACCUAUUGAAAUCAUCCAGAUUGUUAUUAUUUUUCUUCCGUUUUCAUGAAAGCUUUUUGAAAACUUUAAGAGCUGUAAAGGGAAUAGUUUUCAUUGGAUGUUGUUGAAAUUUGGUUAUUUUAGGAACAAGUUUAAAAGGCAAAUUUUGGUUGUUAUUGGUUAACUUUGGUGACAUGACAUGGCCAUCUUGAAUUUUGAUCAAAACUUUUAAAAGUCUUUUACUCAGGAAACAACAAAUGGAUUCUUUUGACUUGUAGAGUGAUCCCAGUUAGAGUUUGAAAAACUUUAAAAGCUUUGGAAGCUAGCCAUUAGUAGCGUCAUAAAAAGUUUGUAAUUUUGUUAAUGUUGAUCAUGUAUUCUGGUGUAUUUGGCAAUGCUGAUACCGAAUCUGCUUGCGGAUUUUGCCUAUCUUUGUAUCUUUUUGAGAUAUGGUCAAAGAACUUUUUCGGUUAUGUAAUUUCAAUGACCUGUAACUCAAGAAUGAUGGUAACUAGAAAUGUGAAACUUGCACCAAAGUGGAGCUCAUGACAUGUUGUUUCUGCGGGGCGUCGACGGAUUUGAGAUACGAUGAAUAGUUUUCUCACUAGAAAUGUCUAAAUAACACCACCCUUCUCCAGAAAUAGAAAUGUAAGCCUCUGCAUUUAACAUAGACUUUAGAGGUAACUCUGUAUUACUAUACAUGUGCUGCAGGUAACUUGCCACUUAGGUCAGCCACCUGUCACUCAAAUCGAGAAAUGAACAACUCUCCCUCCUCUCCAAAGCCAUCAAAGCUAGCAAGUAAACCAGCCCUGUUCACAAUGCAUCAUGGGCAAUUCUCAACAAUCCAGAGGGCAUUCCCCCAUACCCCCGUGCUAUCACCAAUAUAAGUCCAAAGCCAUGAACAAAUAUACCGACAAUUUCUAUCCACACAUGUACCUAGAGUCAUGACAAGCCCAAAAAUUGUAACUCUUAUCAGGCCAAAUUCAUCUGUCCAUCUGUUGGACUGGGGAUCUUUUUUAAACAAAACAACACACAACACCCUUUAUCCCUUCUUAAUGUUUAGACAAAAUUUCAUAUCUUUAUAGUCUCUUAACAUUUGCUGUCAUCUACAUCUACUCUGUCCUCACCUGCUGUCAAAACUGACCUGAGCCCAGGGAAACCAGAGGGGACACUAGAGUGGGGUGAUUGCACACCAGGUGUCUAGCAACCUGAAAUGUACGUAAUUAAUCAGGUGAGGUGAUCGCCAAGGCCUAAUACGAGCAAGACGCAGUGGUGGUCUUCAGCCUUUUACGCAUUGUAUACGAUAUCUGGUAGUGUGGGGUUCAAAGCCACUUGAUUAUUUUUUAAUUUUUGUCAUUCUUUUUCUCCAUGUUGCCUAUUUUGGUAAAUACUGUUGCAGUUUGUACAUGCAUGUUAUUCAUUGUUGCAUGUGUUAGCAUCUGCUCGUAAAAAACUCCAGAAAAAAUAUUCUGGUGUAUUUCGAGCCGCUGAUUAGGAAGCUGCUUUUAUUGUUUGCAUAUCUUCUAACUUUUUGAAAUAUAUAGUCAAAAAACUAAACUUAGUUACGUAAUUUCAAUGACCUGUAACUCGAGAACUAUGGGAACUAGAAAUGUGCAACCAAAUUGUAGCCCAAGACAUGCUCUUCCAGGAAUAUGUCAACAGAUUUGAGCUACGAUCAAUAGUUUUCUCACUAGAAGCGUUUAAAUGACAACACCAUUUUUUGUUUUGAAAAAGAUGGUAAUCCUAUUGCUUUCACAUGGAGUUAGAUGGGAACUGGACUGGGUUUAUAGUAUUUCACCUGAUGCUUUCUGCUCCACUGUCCGUGAUCUCCCGAAACGGUUGUACGAUGACAUACAGCUAUGUUGUCCUGUAUUUGAUGGCUUAGAAUUAUAACUACAACAGCAAACGACGUUGACCUGAAAAAGUUGGCUUAGCGCACACCUUAUAUUCUUUACUGUACGCCAACCAGGCCAGGGUGAUUGACAGAUAUUGACUUGUGCCGUGGUCCAGGUCGUGGAUUGAUGAACUUAGGUGGAAGCAUGCAUUUGCUGUUAUACUGGCCGUGUAUUAUUGGGUUGGGAAAACGUCUUCGAUCCGAUCCGAGUUCCUGGCCUAGGAUCUACUGUUUGCAGAUCCAUUGUAGUUAUUAUUAUUAUUAUUAUUUUAACAUGGCAAAUUUAUUGCAUAAAAGGUGAUCAAAAUAUUUGUAUUUUUUUUUUUUUAUGUUUCUGUUCUGAGGGUGAAAUAUCUGAUCUUAUAUUUAUAUCGUCAUCAUCAUCAUAAAAUUUAGAAUUUUGUUAUUUCAUGUGGCAUAACAUAGCAUAGUAGAUGUAGACAUCAUGAAUUAGUAUAAAGUUUAUGUAAUUUAUGUAUCACUUUAUGUAGAUAUGUAUGUAAAAUUAGAUUAUGACAAGGUGUGAUAUAAAUCUACUAAGGGUUUUUUUUAUGUAAUUACUAAUUUUUUUGCUGAACCAAAGAAAAAGUCAGAUUUACAUGUAUGUAAUUAUGGGUUUUUUCAUGGUCCACGAACAUGAACUGAACGUGUGUAUGUAUUGCAUAGAUAAAUUAAUUCUGAAUGCUUUGAUUUGUAAAUUGUAAAGGUAAAUGUGUGUUGCAGUCUGUGAUUAUGUCAUUGAGGACAAUGUAAAUGAAGUUGGCAAAUAUUUGAGUGCCUUAAUUAUGAUACGCCAUGUUAGCUGUUUAUCCCAAAAAUGUAUUUUACAUCACAAGAUGCACACUGUUGUGAACCAUUGGGCUGAAUAGUUUUUUGGUCUUGAGAGCCUAAAAUAUUGAAAGAUUUUCAUGCUCCAUGUAUUCACCAUUUUUCUCAGCAAUUCAGUGUAUAAGUGUCGAUGGGUCGCAAAUAUGAAUAGGUUACUCGUUAAUAUAAAACAGAACAGAAAUAUUACAACUGGGUAUUAAAGAAUGCAAGAUUUAUUUUGUGUUUUUAUGUGCGAACCGAUUGAAAAACAAAAAACCUCCAAAUAUGGAAUAUAAAUGUGAAAAUCAGCCUUAGUAUUUUUCCAAUCUCCAUUUAUUUUAUCACUUUCCUGUUUUUCUAGGCUUUUCUGAAAGAAGAGUUUCAUGCUACCCAUAAAACAACAAUUAAAAUUGAUAUUGUCUAAUGGCACUAACCAUGGUAAAAUUCUGCUUCCUAAUUUUUAAUUACGGUAAUAAACGUAAAAAAAAGAAGCAUACACUGUGUGUGUCAAGGUUAUAGUCAAUAUACAAAUGUUUGUAAGUAUUUAAAUAAGUGUUAAAGAUGUUUAAACAUGAUUUAUGUAGUGCAAAAUGGAGAAAAAAUAAGACUAAUUAUUUAAUGUUGUGUGAAUAGAGUUAUCGAGCAACUAGGUGGACAAUAAUUUGAUUAAGAGGUUCCAUGAUUAAGUGCAUCUUUUCCCCAGCAAUAAGGUACCACAACAAGAUUAGGGAGGACAUUUUGCCCUGAUCUGGCACCACUACAAGAUUAGGGAGGACAUUUUGCCAUGAUCAGGCACAAUUACAUGGUUAGGUGCAGCAUUUUGCCAUGAUCAGGCACAAUUACAUGAUUAGGUGCAGCAUUUUGCCAUGAUCAGGCACAAUUAUAUGAUUAGGUGCAGCAUUUUGCCAUGAUCAGGCAGCAUUGCAUGGUUAGGUGCAGCAUUUUGCCAUGAUCAGCACAAUUACAUGAUUAGGUGCAGCAUUUUGCCAUGAUCAGGCAGCAUUACAUGGUUAGGUGCAGCAUUUUGCCAUGACCAGGUGGCAUUACAUGACUAGGUGCAGCAUUAGACAAUUAUAUGCAGUGUGCGAUUUAGACAGUGCACAGGGUUUUCUGCAGCCUUACAUCAGAGGGCUUGUCAGAUUUUGUUUAUUCUAUAUCUAGAUUCCUUGCUGGUUUCAACAACUAAUGAAACACAGUACUGGAAACAGAGCACUGUGUUAAGGCAAAUUUGGAAUGGAGGCUGAAUCUUCUGGACAUAUAAGAAAUGCAGUGUACAGGAGAUCGAUAUAGACUGCACAAUGUAAUAAGUGAUGAAUCAUGCCAUUUUGAAGGGAACUGUUUCUUGUAAAGUUAUGUAUUUUUCAAGUGACACAUUUUGCUUGAAUCUGAUUGAUUCAUACAUCCUAUAGGGUCACUUCAUAGUUUUUGAGAAAGUUUGAUUAAUUUAUGAGUCAGACAGACUCAGACUUUAAGGACUUGAUGUGCUUCCAACAGUGCAUUAGUACAUACCAAACUUUAGGUGCAGAAGAGUAGUUUUAAUGGACAGACAGGAGCCUCUGUGGCUCAGUUGGUUAGCGAGCUAGAGUAGCGUAAUGACCCAGGAGCACCAAUGUGGUCGUUGUGAGUUGGUCCAGCUCAUGCUGGUUUCCUCUCCAGCCGUAUGUGGGAAGGUCUGCCAGUAACCUGCGGGUGGUUGUGGGUUUAUCCCACCAUAAUGCUGGCCCCCGUCAUAUAACUAAAAUGUUCUUGAGUAAGGCGUAAAACACCAGUCAAAUAAAUAACAAACAAAUAAUGGACAGACAGAAUAAAUGAAACCCAGUUCACAAACUUCAAGAAACAGUUUUUCUUUUUUGUGUGUGUAUCAGUGACAUUGUCUGGGUUAUCACACCCCCAAGUUUUAAAGAAUAUGAGUGUAUUAAACUUUAUCAUUUAGAAAGAUACAUAUUUAACUGGUGUAUAGUGCAGGAUGUGCUGGAUGCACUGGAUAAUAAACUAGAUGAAGACUAUUUAGCAGCAGUUUUUAAUAUGCACCAUGGAUCAGUACAUAAUGAUGACCACACUUAUAAGAAAUAAUUAAAUUAUAUUGGUGGCCAUAUUAGCCUGGUUCAAAAAAGUGUGAAAGUAUUCUCACUGAAUUUGUGUGAUUAUUUGUUGUGAUACGGCUACAAAAUUUAUGCAGGAUUUGUCCUGGGUGCACAGCUGGGUAAUUCAGAGACAUUAAAUGUUAUUGGUCAUGGGGAUGUGAGGAGAAAAUGCAUCAGAUUGUUUUUGAUUUUUUCUUUUUUUGACCAAGUCAGCCUAUGCAUGCUAAGGGGCUGGAGUGAAGUGAAGGACUUGUAGAGGUAAAACAGUUUUAAAGAUUAGCUAAGACUGAAAAUAACUAUAACCUCACUGUGUAUACUGCUGUACUCAUAAGUUGUAUCGCACAAGUCACCCUUUAUUUCCCCAAGAAGGGUUAAAACUUCUAUCUUGAUGAACUGUAUAGAGGGUGAAAAGACAAAGUGAGUGGCAGCCUAUGUACAUUGGGUUAGGUUGUGUGUAUAUUGGGAAGUUAAUUCAAGCUGUGAUCAGUCUUCCCUACUGCACAAAGAGCUCAACCGAGGGGGUAAUGGAAGGAUUGUGUGGGAACAGGAGAAAGGCAUGGCAGGGUUAUAUCCAAAGAGGUCAAACAGUAAAGGUAAAGGAGGAAUAGUACCGGAAAGGGUUAGAGAGAGGAAUGACAGGGUUAUGCCCCUAAGAAGUAAACCAGUAAAAUAAUGACUUGGGAUUGUAUGUGAAAGGAUGAGAAAAUAGGAAUGGAAGGGUUGGUAAAACGAUUAUGCUGGCCUAAUAAUUUGACAGAAAUAUUUUUUGUAAAGUAUGAAAGAGUAAAUCAAUUUUCACAAUAACCACCAUCUUGGCUUAAUUGACAGUUCACAGGUAUAUCAUAAUAAAGAUGCUUGAUGUCUACAGAUUGUUGAAUGUGGAAUUCUCAAGCAAUUAGGACCUGCGAUAAAUUUACAGGUUUUUGUACUACCAGUAUGUGGAACUGGCUGAAGAUUUGCUGUAAUCUUACUGAAAUGUGUUCAGAUGGAUGAGUUUGUUCAGAUUUAAUGAAAUGGAUAUAUUUAACUCUUAAUUACUUUGCCUUAGGCAGUUUCCUAAAACUUAACUACAUGAAAGGCUUGAGAGAACUAUAAGAAUUAGGUACAGAGCUUUACUCAUAUAACAAGUAACAAGCGAAAAAGACUGUCUCAAAGCUAGUACUUGAUACUGUUGUUUAAUUGUCUGACAUGCACAGAUGCCUCAUCAUGCUUUGUAAGCAAUUGAUUUUUUUCUUACGUAUGUAUCUUCUGUAUGGCUUAAUCCCGUUAUGGUAUGUUUGCCAUUCUGCUGUAUUUUUAUUAAUGCAUGAGAGCAUGUAAGUUAUUCAUUCUACAGCAGUUGAAUCCCAUUUCUUAUUG